CCGUUCUGUUCGUCACUUCCGGGACAUGGAGCUAACCUGGCUCUGAGUGGAUCCGGUGAAGUGUCGUUUUCUGGAAGAAGUCGGUUAAAGUUGGCCCUUCCGUGGGUUGUGUUCGGACCGUUGGCCCCGGUUCGGUUCCUUUCAGCCCCGUUACCCGUCGGAGCCGUUCGUAGUGCCGCUAACUCUCCGUAAACAUUGUUGUGUUUUCGGUUCAGGUUCCGGAACACCUGUAGGCUCCGUGUUUCCACCGCCGGUCACCGCCACCGCGCGCCCGGUUCUCCGCCCCCACCGUUGGCUCGCUGGAAGCACGGACCCGGAGCCGUUCCGCCGGCGUCUGCUCCGUGAAUGAGCCGCUGUGUGGUUCUGGGAUGGCGGAGGAGAGGAGCGGAGCAGACCCGGUUUCAGAGUACCUGACCCAGAACCGGCACCUGGCGGACUGGGUGGAGUCUCACCGGGGCUACGGAGAGACCAACAAGCAGUGGACCGCCCGGAGGGAGUUCAUCCUCCGGAACAUGGAGGCGUUCCCCGCCGUGCAGCCUGGGAGCCCGGGCCCGGACCUGGACCGGCUCCUGUCCCUGUCCAUGGCCUGGACCAACCACGUCUUCCUGGGCUGCAGGUACCCUCAGGCUGUGAUGGACAAGAUACAGGAGCUGGGGGAGGGUAUCGAGGUCCGGGACGCUCCGGUCCGAACCACCCGGGACCAGCUGAUGGGGGGCGGAGCCAAGAGGAGCAGCACACCUGACACUGACACCUGUAUGAAAAAAUCCAAAUCCGACGACGGUCGAGCGGCACCAAAGGCCCCACCCCGUCUGGCGCCUCAGAAGUCUGGCCCCCCUCCCCAGGCCCCGGCUGACCACCAGCCCUUCUUCAACCGCCUCUAUAAAGCCGUGGCGUGGAAGCUGGUGUCAGCUGGCGGCUUUGGUCCCAACCUCGACCACUUCGAGAUCCUUCGCUCGUGUGCAGAAUCCUGCAAAGACAACCUGACCUGUGUCUUCGUCCCCCUCCGAGACAUCGCCGGCCUCCCCGCUGGCCGCGCCCAGAAGGAGGGCCACGUCUGCGAGAUACGCUGCCGGACGGUCUACAUGGGGACGGGCUACGGCCGCGACGAGGCCGCCGCCAGGGCCAUGGCAUCCAAAGAGGCGCUCAAGGCGUUCCAAGGCCGCAAGGUGUUGGUGAAGAUCUGCCGUCGGCGGUUCAAAGGUAAAGAGGUGGAUGACCUGAUGCUGUUGGACGAGCAGCCGCGGAGCCAGGGCUUCCCCCCAGCACUCAGUUACCCCUUCACCACCGACCGCCACGACGAUGCAUCCUCGUAGGCGCCGACUGCAGCGAGGACGGCCUUGUGGGACAGAAACGCCGUCAAAGCGAUGGACGGCGCCAAAGGCUGAAGAUGGACGUUUGUUCCGGAAGAACCUGGGUGUUUUAUCGAUGGGCCAUUGCUGAGGGCCAUUGCCUGUUAAACAACGUUUACGCUGUAUUUUAGCGUCUGAUGUUUGGACGUGACCAGAGAAGGCGUCAGUUUGAGGAUUCGCCGCCGUCAAUGCAGACUGAACAAACGUGGCAUCGCAGUUCAUUAUGUGAAAGAUAAAGUCGUUAUUUCAGGAUAAACUGAGUUAUGUCGACAUCUGAAACGUUGAUGUUUGUUAACGUUAAAUGAACGUUGAAGAUGUUUGAUGUUGACGAUUGAGCGCUGACGCCUUUGGGAUCUGGUGCCGGUUCUAAAUGUGCCAUGUUUAUGUGAAACUGCCAAAAAACAGAAGAGAUAAAAGUCAGAAGCAUCGUCGCAAACUGGGAUCAGGGCUGAAAUGGGAACAUUUACAGAGAAAGUGAGUGUUUGUGUAAUAGUUGAAUGGUGACUGAAGAGUUUUCACAUUGAACUGGACGAGGAACACGUUCAUUAACGCUUAUAAAUGUUCAUAAACUCUCAUUACUGUUCGUAAACAUUCAUGAACGUUCAUGAAUGUUUACGAACAGUAAUGAACACUCAAUGAUCAUAAACGCUUAUAAAUGUUCAUAAACAUUCAUGAACGUUUAUGAAUGGUAAUGAGCAUUUAUAAACACUCAAUAACCAUAAACGCUGAUGAACAUUCUUAACACUCAAUUAAUAUUAAUAAACGUUUAUAAAUGUUCAUUAACAUUCUUAAACGUUCUUGAACAUUUUCAACACAUAAAGGUUCACAGACAUUCAUAAACGUUCAUAAAUGUUCAAGAUCACAGAUGGGGGUUUUAGUUGUGUUUUACAGUCGGAUCAGGAGCCUCAGGUUUUCAUUUUGAAAGUUUUGUUUUAAACAGUGACCGACGACGUUUCCAAGCACUAAAUAUUUUGUUUUUCUUCCUGCUUCAUUAAACAUGACCGACAGAAACAAUGAAAAGAUGAAAAUGUUGAAGCUAAAAACGAUGUAAAAGAUGAAACAUGAGAAAAAUGAAGGAAAAAAACAGUAAAAGACGCAAGUUUCAUGAAAAGAAACGACUGGAUGAAACUGAAACGGAGGCUGAUUCCACCUGGAACCAAGUCUGGACCUAGACUCUGGUCCAGAACCCGGUCCAUAUGGGGUUCAUGUUUCAGCGCUGAAGCAGGAGGUUGGAUUUCCCAUGAGGCCGUUCAGCUGCACUCUGCUUUCAUUUAGAUGUGACUGAAUCUUGGUUCAUAUUUGUGUCAUGGUUCCCACAAUCCCUUGCAUGUGGGUGGUUGCUUUUGGGUGGACCUCCCAGUGGGCGGGGUGUCCCAGUGGGCGGAGCGUCCCGGUGAGAGAUGUGCUGUUUGUGGUUUGUAUUGGUGUGUGAACGUCACCUGUUCUGUGUGUGUUUACACAGUGUUUGUAUUGAUUUGUAAUAAAAUCAAAAAACA